GCAGCUAACCAGCACAAUGAACGAGCAGGAAAGGCUAGGCCUGCACCAUGCCAAGCAGACGUACUUUGGAAACAUGAUGUUCACUCAGGAGGAGCACAGCGCCAUCCAGGCGGCGCUACGCCAGAGGCUCGGCCGAGAGUUCAUCAGCCAGCGACCGGGGCCGGGCAACCAGAAACUCACCUACAUCGAGGGCCACAAGGCUGUCGCGCUCGCCAACGAGGUGUUCGGAUACGACGGUUGGUCCGUCUCCGUUCUGGUGAACACCAUUGACUUUGUGGACGAGCGAGCGGGCAGGUACACUGUUGGAGCGCACAGCAUCGUACGCGUAAUGCUGAAGAACGGAGCUUCCCAGGAGGAUGUCGGAUACGGCGCCGCGGAGAAUGUACGCUCAAAAACUGCAGCCGUGGAAAAAGCCCGUAAGGAAGCGGUCACGGAUGGUAUGAAACGGGCGCUGAGGAGGUUUGGAAACGCCUUAGGAAACUGCCUGUCCGACAAGGAGUACCUCAACGCCGCGAUGAAGACGACAAAACCUGCCAAGACGACGUACAACGAAAACGACUUGAAGCAUGAAACAGUCGAUCAAGAUAUCUCAAACGCUCGGAAGGCCAGCCUGCCUUCCCCCACCCAGGGGCUGCCCUUCCCCACCCCCCAGGGCAGGCCCCUCCCCCAGGCCUACUCCACACCGGUACACACAGCAAUGCCUCCCCCGUGGGAGGGUAAUGGUACGAUCCUAUCUGAGGCAUCUGACAGUCGCUCCAGGCAGAUCCGUAGAAACCCAGCAAAUAGCCGCAGUGCAAGCUGUGGUGCCUGCAUUGUCCCUUCCAUGGGUGCUGGGCCAGUAACAAGUACUGUUGCAAACACAAGCACUGGUGCCUCAACAAGUUCGGGGCCAAGCUCUGUCCCAAACACGAGCAAAGGACUAAUCUCCAACAGUGACCCAAGUAAAGAUGUUAUUCCAACCACCAGUAGAGGCCCCAAAACCAACCCAAACAUCAGUGCUGCGUCAAGCACUAACACUGUCCCUAAAAGUAAAACAAGCAUUGGCCCCCAAAAAGGAAUUGGCCCUAAUACAAGCAUGGGUCCAAACACGAGCAAUGGCCCAGAUACAAGCAGGGGCCCUGGUACAAGCAAGGGCCCAAACACAAGCAGGGGCGCAAACACAAGCAUGGGCUCCGAUACAAGUAUUCGGCCGAGCACCAGCGGAGGUUCGGACGUAAUCCCGACCUCGGGUCAUGGCCACAAGAAGGGCGUCAGCCCGGGCAAGAAAAGGCGUGCCAGCCCCCGACGUGCGGCCCAAAUCGACAAGACCUCCCUGGACGACUCGGACGAAGCGGCGCGGCUGAGGAAAUAUCGCCAGUGGCAGAAGCAGCAGGAGUUCCGCCAACAGCUGGCCAGGAGACAUCUCAAGCAGGACGACUUACCACGGGCCACGACGUCCCCGCAGGGGGCUGAUGGGGCAUCGGCGGGGACAUCUGGGAACGGGGUUGAACUGGAAGGGUUUGAGGAAGGCAUGGACGACAGUCUGUUGGCAAAUGUCGCCGAGAACGAGUUCUGGAGCGAGGACGAAAAUGGAGCGGAUGUCACUCCCACAGGUGUGAUGACGCGAAGUCGUACCCCAAGGAAACAUGGAGGGCAGGGAGGAAGCGCCACCUUGCAGCUUAGACAAGAAGUACAGGGACAGAGGCAACCUGUGGUGAGCAGGGAGUGUCAGCAGGGGUGGAGUGCACAGAACAGACAGCCCACAGUGAAGAAAAGACGAAUAGACAGCAGCUGAUACUUCGUACAGCAGUACCAGAACAGCACCUGUACUGUUCCAAGAACAGCACUUGUACU